UAUUUUCUCCUCCCGCACCCUCUCUCUCUCUCCCGCGCUUUUCUCCUCUUCAUCUCCCUUUUCUUUCCUUCGUCUUCCGUGGACGCCGCCCCGGCCACCAAAGGACCAAUUCCUAAUCCUGCCGGCGACUGGACCGUCGUCUCCCGUCGCCGCCGCGGCAAACAGUGGCAGAGGGACCCCCACCCCGACCCUACUCGCCCCCGAAUCAAAACCUUAGCCCUAACCCCAACGGCUUCAUCGCCAUGGACUCCGAUCUAUUCCGUCAUCGAACCCGCGAGGAAAUCCAAGCUCCUCCAAAGGAUGCAAUCCGCCGUCCGACGACUUGAGGGCUCCCGAUUCUACCAACGAUUUCUCUCCCGGUUGCGGGACGCCAAGAUCCGGAACGGCCUCGCUAGGGUUUUGGGCUCGGGAAGGGAGUUUCAGAUGGUGGUCUACGGCAUCGGGAGCAUCGAGUCCUACGACCCUCCGCGCCUCCAGUUCGCUCUUGCUGUCCUCCUCCGGCGGGAGUUCGGCCCGGCCGUGGCGUCCGUCGACGUGUUCGACCCGGUCCUGUCGGCCACCGAGUGCGCGGUGGUGAGGGCGCUGGGUUGCACAGUGGUCCCUAUGGACGAGCAGGGGCGAAGGGAGGCGACGGUGCCGACGCUGUUCUACAUGCCGCACUGCGAGGCGGCCCUGUAUGAUGCCCUGCUGGAGGCCAAUUGGAGGCCGUCGAUGUUGAAUCGGAUGGUGGUUCUGGGGAACAGCUUCGCUGCGUAUGACAAGUACAUGGAGGAGGUGGCCUGGAGUAAUGGGAGCGUGGCACUUCGGCAAGUCAGCACUCGAUCUCGUAGACCUUCUGCUCAAGAUCCUAUUCUCGAUGCUGACAUUCCCGAUGGGAAGAAUGGCCCAGCAUCAAGUUUCCACCGAAAGAAGCAGGAGACCAUCAGUGUUGUCGAUCGUGGGCAAACCCAUGGUGGGAGAGUGGUCGCUAGUCGAGAGAGACCAAUCGAUGAGAUCCUUGAGGGGAAUUCUUCAGGACCAAUGACUAGUCCUGAUGACUGUACCGAGACAGCAACGCCUAAGGAGUUGGCUAGGGGGCUAUUGCUGCUCCAUAGCCUACUGCAGCUACUGGACGACGGUCGUCAAUACUUAGACUUGGUGAAUCAGAUCAUCAUACCAUUGCGGUUUUGCCACCAUUGGUGGUUCCUCUGGCUUCGCCAACCUAUGCAAGGUGGAAGAUUGGGUGGUUCCACCCCGACUCCAUCUUGUUGA